UACUGUAAAAUAGAAACUAUCAUCACACAAAUGCAGGACGACAAGGCUGGAGGCGUGCCAAUCCGCACAGUAAAGAGUUUCCUGUCAAAGAUUCCCAGCGUUAUCACAGGCGCUGACAUUGUGCAGUGGCUGAUGAAGAAUUUAAUUAUUGAAGAUCAAGGUGAAGCCAUACAUUUAGGGAGUCUAAUCGCUGCUCAAGGCUACCUGUUUCCUAUAUCAGAUCACGUGUUGACACUGAAGGACGAUGGGACAUUUUAUAGGUUUCAGGCUCCCUACUUUUGGCCGUCAAACUGCUGGGAGCCAGAAAAUACAGACUACGCCAUCUACCUGUGCAAGCGGACAAUGCAGAAUAAAGCAAGACUGGAGCUUGCAGAUUAUGAGGCCGAGAAUUUGGCCAGGCUACAAAGGGCUUUUGCAAGGAAGUGGGAGUUCAUCUUUAUGCAAGCCGAGGCCCAAGUAAAACUCGAUAGGAAAAAGGAUAAAACGGAACGCAAGAUUCUAGACAGUCAAGAAAGGGCGUUCUGGGAUGUUCACAGACCUGUGCCUGGUUGCGUGAACACCACUGAAAUGGACAUCAGAAAGUGUCGUAGGAUGAAAAACCCAAACAAAAUAAAGAAGUCUGUCUACGGGGUUUCCGAAGAUUCGCCUACUGCCAGCCCUGUACACACACCGGUACAGCCAGCCAGAAAACCUGGUAAAGAAGACCUGCUCAAAAAGAUAAUCUUUUUAAACGCCCAGCUAGAUAGACAUUGUCUAAAAAUGUCUAAAGUAGCAGAAAGUUUGAUCAGCUAUGCAGAGCAGUACCUGGAGUACGAUCCUUUGCUGACGCCCACAGAACCUUCCAACCCUUGGAUCAGCGACGACAGCACUUUCUGGGACCUGGAGGCCAGCAAGGAGCCCGGGCAGCAGCGUGUGAAGCGCUGGGGCUUCUCCUUCGACGAGAUGCUGAAGGAUCCCGUUGGUCGAGAUCAGUUCCUGAAGUUCCUCGAGUCUGAAUUCAGCUCCGAGAAUCUGAGGUUUUGGCUAGCCGUGGAGGAUGUAAAGAAACGGCCUCUUCAGGAGGUUGCGGACAGGGUCCAGGAAACCUGGAAUGAAUUCCUCGCCCCAGGUGCGCCCAGCGCCAUUAACCUCGAUUCCCAUUCCUACGAGAAAACCAGCCAGAAUGUCAAGGACCCGGGAAGGUACACAUUUGAAGAUGCCCAGGAACACAUCUACAAGCUGAUGAAAAGUGACAGCUAUACCCGCUUUCUACGCUCCAGUGUCUAUCAGGAGCUGCUGCAAGCAAAAAAGAAGCUGGAGAAUGAACAGGGACGCAGAACCUCGCUCGAGAAGUUCACCCGCAGCGUGGGUAAGUCGCUGACUGGCAAACGUCUCACAGGCCUCAUGCAGUCAUCUUGACAAAACUCCAUCGCUGGCUGUUGGAGAGAAGGGGAAGAGAUCUACAAUUACCCUCCUGGGAGUCACACUUUUCAAGAGAACCACAAAGAGGAGAGGCUACUGUACACAGAGUCACAAACGCCCUGUUUGCAUACUGUAAUCUUUCCUCUGUAAGGAACGGGACUGCAUCGCUACCCAUCGCAUUAUCAAAGUGUUUUUUUGUUGUUGUUUAAAAGAUGGAUAUAUUCCCAGGCUCAGCGGAGAGUUGAGUUUCUGUCUGUCAGUGAAAACUUAAAGCCAUUCUUGAGAGCUCGUUCCCACGACUAGUAAGUAUCGCACUGAGA